AUGGCGGCUGCUUUUCAGCAGCAAAUAUUUGCUCUUGAUGCUCGUUUCAAUGCAUAUAGGGCACCGGGAAAUCCUAAUUUUAAAACAUUGUAUAUUCGACGACGUAGUCAGCUUCUCAGAGAAAACGCUAAAUUUAAGGAUAUAGAGACAAUAAAAAAGUAUAUAAACAUCAGAAGCCAGCUGCUACAACGAAGAUAUGGAGUCCAAGACAAUAUUUCAAUUAGCUCAGCAUCUUCUCGAGCCAGAUCAAGCAGCAAGGCAAGUUUAGCUGUUGAAGACAUCCCUAAUCGUACUUUUAAGAAGAAAGAUGACUUGUCCAUAUCAGAGAACUAUGCAUUUUCUGGAGUUCAUCAUAUAUUUGAUCAGCACACUGAAGAGGUGAGCGUUGUAAAAUUUGCAAAUAACGACCGUUCGAAACUGUGCUGCGCUUCCAGUGACGGGACUGUUUCCAUAUGUGAUGUGACUGCGAGUCCGCCAAAAGUCUCUUUCAUACUAGAGGGACACACUAAGGCCGUUACUGGUGUGGACUGGUCGGCGUCGAACGAGCAGCUGGUGACGUGCGGCGCGGACGCGGCGCUGUGCGUGUGGGAGCUGGCGCGGCGCCGCCGCCUGCGCGAGGCGCGCGACCAGCUCGCCGCGCCGCUGCUCUGCUGCGCCUUCCUGCCCGCCAACAACAACAUGGUCAUCGUGGGAAACGCAAGAGGAAUGGUGGCAGUGUUAAACGUAUCUACGGGAAUCUAUCCAAGAGGCGGUAGCAGUAUACUGGGCGGAAAGGUGCUCUCGAUAGCGUGCGAGUCCAGCGGCCGAAUGUUUUGGGCAGCUAAUGACAAGGGCGUGAUCGUGAGCUACCGCAUGUCUGGGGCGGGUGCUUUAAGCAAGCUGCGACGCUGUUGCGUCGGAGGUGCAGUCACCAGUCUUAGUUGGUCACCUUGGCUUGCUCGACAUCCCGCGUUACUCGUCAGCGCAACGGACAACUCGCUGUAUCUGUUUAGGAUCACUGACCGCGAAGGCAGUUUGUCGCUAAAGAAGCGUUUUGAAACUGCCCACAGUCGGUAUAGCGUGAAAUCGACAUUCUGUCCCAUUAUGUCGUUCCGACGCGGCGUUUGUGUCGUCAGUGGGGGAGAAGACGCUUGUGUAUACUUUCUAGACAUAGAAGGUCAUGCCGACCAGCCCGUUGUCAACAAACUACAGGGUCAUGCGUCUGCCGUGCUGGGCGUGAGCUUCAGCUACGACGAGAGCCUGCUGGCCAGCAGCGACGUGUCAGGACUCGUCAUCAUCUGGCGCCGCAGCUGA